AUGCAAUGUGCUGCGUCAUCGGACCGUCUUAAAAACGGCUACGCUACUACGUACGAAACCAAAGGCCACCAACCGAUGCCGAUUUUCACAGCCGAAAAGAGCAAAGUAAUCAGUGUGGACAUAGAAAAUGUUGAGCAACGGGUAGAUUCGAUGAUCGAGUUGUUAACGCAUGCAAAAUCACGUCUAACCGACUGCCUCAGGACGCGUUCGAGAGAAGACAUUCUUGACAAAAGAAAGAAAAAGCUGUCCGAAUAUGCCCUGGCACAAAGCUUGCUUCUGGACGGCAAGAACUUGGAGGGCACGAUGAGCGACGGCUUGUUGAGUCAGGUGGUCAGUUUGUUUGGAAACGCAUUGAGCGAGAUCGUCGAAGAGACGGUUCGAGCAGAAACGGACAUCGAGCGUCAAGUGAUCAGCCAGCUGAACUCUUACACCGAACUACAAAGGCAGAAGAACCGUGAUAAAGAGAAACUAAAAGAACUGGUGUUAGACAGGGACUCUGCGCAGGCCAGAUUGGCUGGCGCUCAAGUUCGCGGUGAGCGGACCGAUUCCAUAGAAGAUGAACUGGACACUGUCAAAUCCAAGGUCGGAAGUUCAAAGGACGUACUGUCGACACAGAUAUUCGAUCUUGCUGCCAGAGAAGUGGAUAUGGCGAAUAUAUUCAGAAUUUUGAUCAAGACCUACAUGGAAUAUUAUAAAAGCGUUUAUUCAAUACUGGAAGAAUGUCUUCCUCGCGUAACGGAUAAAAUUGACAAAUAUCCGCGUCGCCCUGUGUACGGUUGCCAUUUGGACGAUCAUCUCCGCUAUUCAGGCCGAAGCAUUGCCAAAGUUUUGGAGGUGUGCUGCGGAGUGCUCUACGAGAGCGGUAUACAGCUUGAGGGUUUGUUUCGUGUCCCUGGAAACGUCCUAAAAGUGAAGAAACUCAAAUCAGCGUUCGAUGCCGGAGAGAUAGAUCUCAGCGAUGCCGAAGUUGACACUUACGCGUUCGCAGGUGCUUUAACGUCUUAUCUCUGCUCUCUUCCGGACUCGCUGAUGUGCAACAGGCUGUACGAUCAGUGGAUAGAAGCUGCACAAAUUUCUUCACCCGAAGAAAAGCGACAGGCCAUAAAAAAAGUUCUCGAUAUGCUUCCACAUUCCAACCGUGAAAACCUGCGGUAUUUCAUCAAAUUUUUGGCCAAAGUUGCUGAAAAUCAGGAGUUUACGAAAAUGGGCGCGAAGAACCUUGCAAUCGUGGCAUCAAACUCAUUGCUACGCUCUGAUAAUUGUGAUAGUGUUGUCGCGAGUGGCCUUCACGGCUCCCUGAUCGAAUGUCUUAUUUCCGAGGCUGACUACUUUUUUCCAGAAGAAAUAUGCUUUUCCAGUCCAAGCGUUUGCUCGUCGGUUACCGAGGAUGAGAACUUUUGUGGCAUUGGCUACAGUUCGCUUGAC